CUGAUCAGGAAGUGACCGACUCUCAUUAUUUUCUUCCCAGAGGUCCAGAGGAUGAGGAGAUGAAUGGAGUGAAAUUUGAAGCAGAACAAAGAGGAGCAGACUGUCAAGGAGAAGCGACAGAUCCAGACGAACCUGCUUCAAAACAAGGCAGCUGUCAGUCAAAAUACCGUCACCGCUGCACAGUAUGCAGCAGAGAGUUUGCUCGUCCGUCCCGCCUGGCGGACCACAUGGCCGCGCACUCAGGCGACAAACCGCACAGCUGCUCUGUGUGUGGGAAGCGCUUCAGCAAAAAGAUAAACGUGACAGUGCAUCAGCGCGUCCACACCGGUGAGAAGCCGUACUCCUGUCCGAUCUGCGGGGUCAGCUAUGCCCAGCUGGGCUGCCUGCGGAGGCACCAGCUCGGACACGCCGCUGAGAAGCCCCACCAAUGCUCGGUGUGUGGGCGAGGAUUCGUUCAGCGGCGGCACCUUGUACAACACGAACGGAUGCACACAGGCGAGAGGCCGUUCUCCUGUCCGCUGUGUCCCAAGCGCUUUGCCUCUAGGACCGGGCUCAGCGGUCACCAGAAGACCCACAAAGAGGAGAACCUGCGCUCCUGCUCGUUCUGUGAGAAGGUUUUCUCCACACCGUCGUCCUAUAGGGAUCAUGUGAGGCUCCACACGGGACAGAAACCACACCCCUGCUCGUUGUGCCACAAGAGCUUCAACCGGCCGGGGCUGCUGAGGAAACACCUGCAGAAACAUGCCGAGGAAGAAGAUGUGCUUGAGGCUGCAAAGAGGGGGGAGACGUCUCAUAGCUGCCUCCUGUGCCACAAGAAAUUCUCCACCGCUGAGAAGCUGCAGCUGCACCAGCACUUCCACCAGAGGGUGCUGCACUUCACCUGCGACACCUGUGGCCGCGGUUUCACCAGAGCGUCCCGGCUGAGCGAGCACGUCAGGUCUCAUACCGGAGAAAAACCGUUUGAGUGCGAUGUCUGCCAGAAGAGAUUUUCUGUACAGAGAGUGUUCAGGAAGCACCAGGAGAUCCACAGCAAGGAGGGACACGCCGCCGCCGCCACAGCCCCCGACGAGUGGCCGCCUUCACAAGGCGUCCACCAGAUCGAUGCUAUGAAGAAGCAUCACUGCUGCUCAGCUUGUGGAAAGACUUUCACCACCGCCGCCAACCUGAGAUCGCACGUGAGGAUCCACAUGUCCGACAAACCUCACUCCUGCAGCAUCUGCUCCAAGAGCUUCCUGCGGCCCUGCCUGCUCCGCAAACACAUGAGGAUUCACAUCAGGGACGGACUCAUCGCCGACCCCGCCGACAAGGAGUUCUGGUCAAACAUGCAGACCAUGGAGGAGGAGGAGGAGGAG